AUGGAUACACCAAGCCCUAGAGACCCUCGUUUCUCACCAAGAAGUCAAGCUUCUACACUUCCAAGAUUGGAAGCAAUGCAAAGACCAUCACCACCUACUGAAGAAGAAGAUACUUGGCAGUAUGAUCCCAUUGAUCCCAACAAGAUAAGCCCCAUGAAGCUUAAAGAGUUCAAUGCUAAGGUGAAAUCACUUCCAUUCUAUGUCACUUUUGAAGAAGCUUGGGAUAAACAUGGUCUAGUGGAGUUCUUUUUCACAACUAGUGAAAACAAAGAAGAGAUACACCAACUUUUCAGGAAGGCUCGAUUUCCCCUUGCCCCUCAUGGAGUCAAUCAACCACCAUCACCACCAUCAUCACCACCACCCAGUGGUAUGUCAAUUCCAUAUCAAGAGAGAAGCUUGCUGAGUUCAAUCAGUUUGUCCAAACUCUUCCAGCCAGCAUGUCUUUCAAAGAAGCUUGGCGCCACUACCCAUUCACCACCUUUCUUCCACAACUGCAAGGAGACACCUGAGGACAUAAAGAGCUUUUUGAGAAAGCUAAAGUUCAGCCUACCUUCAAGACCCUCUACAAGAUUGAAGACCCAGGUCAAUUCUCUAUUCCCUGUCAAGUAA